CUACCUCGAAAUGGUGAAGAAAAGCAAAUUGCUCAACGCCCUUGACGCCCACAAGGGCCGAGAUUUCGACAAGGAGCGUCAGAAAAAGCUACAAAAAGCAGCAGAGAAGAAGAAACGACUAAGGGCGGAACGCCAGAAGGAAGAAAAUGAAGUGGAUAACGAGGAGAAGGUGAACGGACCUGAAGACUCAAGCAAUGUCAACGAAGAAAAACAAGAUACUGCUGCUGUUACCAAGAAAGGAGACGAGAGGAAAGAAGACCCAAAAGCGACACGGGCAGAGACCAAUGCGUCCGGAGACGAGGGGGAUUCUGAAAAUGAGGACGAACACGACGAAAAUGACCUCGAUGCCGAAGAGGCAGAUUCAGACGAAGACAUCCCCCUUUCAGAGCUUUCUGAAGACGAUCGAGCAGACGUAAUACCGCACCAACGACUCACCAUCAACAAUUCUGCCGCUAUACGAGCAUCUCUCAAGCGGAUAUCCUUCAUCAACGAAAGCACACCAUUCUCAGAGCAUAACUCCCUCACAUCCACAGAGCAAAUGGACAUACCCGACCCCAACGACGAUCUAAAUCGUGAACUAGCUUUCUAUAAAGUUUGUGUAUCUGCAGCUACGAACGCCCGGAGCCUAUUAAAGAAAGAAGGUGUUCCGUUUUCUAGACCGACGGAUUACUUUGCGGAGAUGGUCAAGAGUGAUGAGCAUAUGGGCAAGAUUAAAAAGAAAUUGUUCGAGGAAGCAGCCGCGAAGAAAGCUAGUGCAGAAGCGAAGAAGCAGCGUGAAUUGAAGAAGUUCGGAAAGCAAGUGCAGAUUGCGAAGCUGCAGCAGCGACAGAAGGAGAAGAGAGAGACGCUGGAGAAGAUCAACAGUUUGAAAAGAAAACGCAAAAUCGACGGUGGAGCUCCAACUGAGGACGAAGAUCUUUUUGACGUUGCACUCGAAGACGCCGGUAAAUCCGAGCGCAAGAAGCAAAAUCCUACGGGUGGACCAAAUCCUAAACGGCAAAAGAAGAACGAAAAGUACGGUUUCGGAGGGAAGAAGCGAUUUGCGAAGAGUGGAGAUGCAAUGUCGAGUGGUGAUUUGAAAGGGUUCUCUGUAAGCAAGAUGAAAGGGAAGAAACCUGGUGGUGCAGCAAAGCGGCCAGGCAAGAGUAGGAGGGCAGCAGCAAAGAGAUGAUUUAUGUCUACACAUUUGCUAGCUUCCACACAGUCUCCUUUUAUGGCUAUGUACCCGUUGUAGUUUUUGUUUGUGCGCACUAUCAAGGGUAAUUUUCCUUCCCUGGUGUUGGUUUUAUUUUGUGGCACGGACUGGAAAAUCCGAAUUUUAUGGCAUAAAUGCUUGGGAAUAGACAUAGUCAAAAAAAUUCAGUGCGUUAAUUUC